AUGUCCCACAGGCAGAAGAUAUAUUAUCUGAAGAAAAGAAUGCUAUCUGAAGAAGAGAAUGCGCCAACUACACACAUGUUAAACUUUGAACUGAAGGAGGUCCCAUGGGAUGAACGUGUUGGGUUUGGAAUUGAAUUUGAAUUCGCCCUUGCAACUGUCCCAUUAGGGACUAAAGAUCCGGAGCCGAAUGAAGGUCGUGAGAUACAUUCAAUCGACGUUCCUAUCGAUUCUCCCGGAACAAAUCCCAACACACUUUCAGAUAUCGAUCGUCUACUCAAUGUUCAAUUGCACAUCGCGAAUACGCUAAAAGUCAACGGGUUUCGAGCUGCGUCUCAAAUCCAGCUAGAACGAGAUUGGAAAGCUUGGGAGAACGGCAAUUUAGAUAAGGAACCAUGCCCGAGUGACAUAUUAUGGAUAGUCAAGCACGAUGACACCAUUCAAUUUCCAACCACCCUUAUCGAUACUUACAAAUGGUACAAAGUCGAAAUAUGUACACCGGCACUCAUGUUUAGCCCAUGGAAUAUUCGUCACAUCUGGGACAUUCUCUCCAUCUUGACACGCAAAUACCGGCUGAACUGCAAUCAAUCAUGUGGUCUGCACGUUCAUGUCAGCACUGCAAAGAAAGACUUCAGUCUUGAUAAUUUUGCACCAGGGACAAACUUCAGCUGUAGUGAUAAGAAUUGGAGAAAUAACAGGGCGCUCCUCAAAUUACGAACAAGAUUACCCUUGAUUCUCCCACCCGUCUGUCCAGAAAAGGACUCGUUAGCAGCGAUAUUCAAUGCUAAGUCUAAGGCGGACAUUGUCAAAAUGUUCACGUCGGACGAAGAUGUUCGGUUGGGUUAUAAUAUUCAAUUUCUCAAUGAACCAUAUCCAGACCCCUUUAAACACACGAUUGAGUUUCGACAACACGAAGCGACCACGGUUCCGCAAAGAAUAGAACGAUGGCUUAAUAUCUGUUGUCGUUUAGUCGAAAUUGCGCGCCAGACAGCUAGUGCAUCGGAUGAGGAAAAAAACAUCUUCCAUGCGUUUUUGCUUAAUCAUGUAAACGACGAUGUGGACGACUUAGGACUGGUCAUCUUGUUGGUUAAUUUAGGGUUGACGGAAGAGGCGGGAUAUUAUGGUGUGGAGAUAGCUCUUAAUCCAGAACUGAGGCCAAGGAGGAAAAAGAAAGUUUGGUGGUUCAUGGUCGUUCUCCGGGUGGACGAUGAAGCUUUAUAA